CGGGUACGCAGAAGAGACUCGUCAGCUGGCCCCUGUUGAGACUACCUUACCUUGUCCAGCAGUGCAGUGCCACAGUAUGACGAAAAGGCAAGCAUUUUCUUUCCUUCAACAACCUUAUACUCCGCCGGCGGCCUCACGCAGCAACCCGGCAUCUGAUUCCACAUUGCGCCGGAACAAACGUGCCUAGGCCGGAUCUACCUCUCCACUACCGCAAUCGCCUGUUGGCCUGCCACACCCCAAGUUAAUCCCAGCCUCUGUGCAUUCAGGCCAAAGGUAGUCGUCAAGUCAAACACUUUGGAUUUCUCAUCACACUUUCCAGAGACCCGGAACAACAAUAGAAGCUACUGUGCUUCUCCCACCGGCGCCGGCGCGAACUUACUCAUCCGCUUCGGCCCCCUUUCGAGCCGUCCAAUUGCCCCUCCCGCCUUCUCAGCGUUUCCUUAACGCAUUGCGGCUUUUAGGCAAUACCUCACCUCACGCAUAAAUUGCCUCAAGCCGAGCAUUUUCUGGUACGUAAUAUGCAAGUAGCCAAUUCUCAUAUGCAAUACUGUCGUUAGUCCCCCGAACUGCCCGUGGCUGAGAUGCGCCAGCGUCACCUUUACUCCAAGACAUGUGCUACCGUACUUUCUCGCCCAACCGUUAUUCUCAGUCAUCCUUUCAAUGAGAAAUCCCACGUUCUGAUGGCUGUGUACCAGGCAACUCAUGAGCGUUCUGACAAUAACUAACCCAAGGCUGACUCGAGGCUGCAAUAUCGUCCAAAGAGCACAGCUGCUUCAGAACCGAUGAGAUAGCGGCAGCCCACCAGUCUUUAAGUAUUAUAUCGUCAUCAAAGGCCAAGCCUUGAUAAUCGACUCCCUUGGCUCGUUAUCAGGCGUCGCGCCAACUCGCACGCUCUGCACGCCCAAUAGCCUGCCGCUUCUUUAUCUCAACGACAGGGUACCUUCAACAUCGACGGAGAGGUGAGACGCCCGCAGCCCGCGAACUACCCCUCCACACCCCUCUCUCUCUCUCUCUCCACGGUUCUCGCUCCCGUCCCUGCGGUACCCCCUCUAUCGGCAUCGGGUAUCGCUGUCUUGCAGCUCUUGAUUCUUAUUGCUCCGGUGGGGGCCCCUGGGCUGUCACUUCAGCUUGCUGCCGCCCGUCGCAUCCACCCCGUCUCCCGGGGACUUGCUGUCCCCAUCUGAUUUCCACAUCUCCGCGCACCGCAUCAAAGUUGGACUCAGCAUCUCCGGUCGCUCACUUCACCACUUCCGGUGCGUCAACCGUCAUCUCAUUAGUUCGGAACUCGGCAGCCAGAGGCGUGUCUUGGAAAGAAAGAUGGACGAUCAAGAUCUCCUUUUGUCGUCCACACCCGGCGGCUCCCUGGCCAAUCCCCCGGAACAGCCUUCAUCUUCAUCGUCGUCCGCACCACAACCACCACCACCGGCGGCCAAGAAGAAGUCGUCGCGCAGAGGAGGCGACUCGGCGUCACAGAAGCGGCGCUGCGUGAGCACAGCAUGUGUCGCCUGCCGCCGGAGGAAGUCGAAAUGCGAUGGAGCCGUGCCCAGCUGCGCUGCAUGCGCCAGCGUCUACGGCACCGAGUGCGUCUAUGAUCCCAACUCGGACCAUCGCCGCAAGGGCGUCUACAAGGAAAAGGUCGAUAGCAUGAAGGCGCGCAACUCGACACUGCAGAUCCUUAUCGAGGCCAUCCUCAACGCAAACGAGGAUGAGGUUCCCGACAUUGUGAAGAGGAUCAGGACCUGCGACAGCCUUGACACUGUCGCUGAACAGAUCUUGAAGCAUGAGACUAUGAUCCAGGAGGCCGAGGAUAACGACAAUGGAGACGAUGGUUACACGAUCGACAUGCCCAUCGAGGGUGAGAGGGAACUCGCUCGCAAGAUGGGCGAGCUGCGCCUCGAGAACGGCUCAGUACGCUUCAUCGGAGGCACAUCACAUCUCAUCUACCUAGGCGACUCAGGCGACGCCAACACAAACGAGCCCGAAUCCGACACGAACCUCACCAAUGAAGACCCCGUCACCAGCUGGACGAGAGUUACGCAAGAUAAGGAACUCAUCGCCCACCUCAUAAACAUGUACUUCAACUGGCACUACACAUAUUUCACGACAUUAUCAAAAACACUAUUCUACCGUGACUUCUUCAAGGGGAAGCACGGACUCAACUACAAAGGCACCAUCUACUGCUCACCACUCCUAGUCAACGCCAUGCUAUCCCUCGGGUGCCACUUCACCAGCGUGCCGGGAGCGUACGGGACGCCGGGGGACAGCCGUACAAAGGGCGACCACUUCUUUGCCGAGGCGAAGCGCCUUAUUGUCGAGAACGAUGAGUACGAGCGACCCAAGCUCACUACCGUCCAGGCCCUGGCGCUCAUGUCCGUCAGGGAAGCUGGCUGCGGGCGGGAAGCAAAGGGUUGGGUGUAUUCGGGCAUGGCUUUCCGCAUGGCCCAGGAUAUCGGCCUCAACUUUGACGACGGCGGUAUGUCUAAUGAUAAGGAGAAUCUCGGCGAGCACGCCGUCGACGCAAGGCGGAUGACGUUUUGGGGGUGCUUCCUCUUUGACAAGGCGUGGUCGAACUAUCUGGGUCGCCUGCCGCAGAUACCAAAGAACUCGUACAACGUACCCAAGUACGACGUCUUCCCCUCUGAGGAUGCGGAAUUAUGGGCGCCUUAUACGGAUACAGGGUUCGAUCAGACAUGCAGCCAGCCAUCUAGGACGCGAGCCGUGGGGUUGCAACUCUCUAAGCUUUGCGAGAUAAGCAGCGACUUACUCUUGUUCUUUUAUCAUCCAAACCAUAUCGGUCGCUCAAGUGGCAAAUCUGUCGAACUGAAGAAGCUCAGUGAGCUUCAUCGGAGGUUAGAGGACUGGCGAAAGGAAUUACCAAACGAACUGGAACCAAAGGAAGGACAACUCCCCAACGUAAUCCUCGUACACAUGUUCUUCCACCUCCAAUACAUCCACCUCUUCCGCCCCUUCCUAAAAUACACGCCCGCAGCCUCCCCUCUCCCAUCCCACGUCUCCCCACGGCGCAUCUGCACAGCCAACGCCGGCGCAAUCUCCAAACUCAUGCGCCUCUACAAGAAAAACUGGAACCUCCGGCAAAUCUGCAACAUCGCCGUCUACAUGGUCCACAGCGCCUGCACGAUCCACAUGCUCAACCUCCCAGAAAAGACAGCCAAGCGCGACAUCAUCCACGGCGUGAAGCACCUCGAGGAAAUCGCCGAAGACUGGCUCUGCGCGCGCCGCACGCUGAGCAUCAUCAGCGUGCUGGCGCGGAAGUGGAACGUCGAGCUGCCCGAGGAGGCCGAGGCCGUGCUGCGGAGGACGGACGAGACGUACGGCACGUUUAGUACCUCUGACGUGCCGUCGCCGAGGUCGAAUCUUACGGUUGCGUCGUCGCCUUCGCCGACGCAGGGUCCCGUUUCGCCGGUGAUGGGGAAGCCGGAUCAGUAUAGCCCGCUUAAUCAGUUUGCGCAACCGCAGACUGGCGAGCAGGAUGUGGCGCCUAGUCCGACGGAUCUUUUGAUGGCGAGCGCGUCUCUUGCGCAGAUCAGUGGUGCAAGACCACCUUCUCACCAAUCUCACAACGGGAUGGGAAUGGGGCCGAACUCUCUAGGCGGAUGGUCCCAACCUGGCCUCACCCAGUCAAUACCAACAUACCAACAGCAACAACGCUUCACACCAAUGAACAACAACCUCGCCCCAUCACAGACUUCCCGCGCCGGGCCCGGCAGCGCGUCGCGGCAGCAGCAACUUUCCCCCGGCCAAGUCUUCCAGGGCCUAGACCAGGACUGGUUCCUCAACGACGGCGCAAAGUGGCACCAGAACUUUGAAGCGUGGAAUAUGGCUACGUCACAGCCCGGCGGCGGAGGCGGAGGCGGGAUGCCCGCGAGCGAUCAACUGUUUAUGUUUUCAAGCGGGAAUGGGGGUAUGCAGCCGCCGCCGCAACCGCAGCCGCAGCCACCAAGGCAGUCGUCUGAGGAUACGGCGAGUCCUAAUUUUGAGGGGUUGAGUUCGUUGGAUACCCAUGGGUGGUUGCCGGGGCUGGAUUAGGACUUGGAGUUCCAUUGUAAUCUACCUUCCCAGCAACAGACUUCAUGUGCGGCCCUAUGAAUUGAGAAUAGAUGAAUGAAUGUAAGAACAACGCCGCGUCUUCCAUCUUAAUUUUGUGCCACGAUGCGCUCCCACGAUUGAAAUCUCCGCGACUUGGAGAGGCUUGAUUGAUUUUCAACAUGACCCCUGACCAGGAUUUGGCUGGGCCGUCUUCUAGUCCGCAGGCAUUUGCACGACCGAUCUCUCAUUUCGAGGCUCCUUUGUCCUCUUGAAGAAUGAAGCGACAGGACUGUUCAUCCCCUUACCACGUCCAAGUGGACAGGGUUAGCCAUGGCAGGUUAUAUAGACCAAC